GUUUUAAAGUUGAAAGCGGUUGGCAUUAUUUGUCAAACAUGGAACUGUAUUUUCUAAAAUUUAUAGCAACGAAUUUUUCCUAUUUUUGAUGCCAUUUUUAAGAAAGCUGGUCAGAAAAAAAUUUUGCUUUUGCUUCUCGCUGACAUCUGGAUGCAUCAUAGUUGCAUUCUACACACUGUUUUUCGGGUUCAUUAACGCAGGAACCACUGUGGAUGAGGUUAUAUACAACAACACACUCAAGACUGAUGUAUAUGCGAAGUGGUUCAAUGUAUUUCAUAUAGCCCUGAUGAUCGCAGCUGCAGUUAUCCUGCUGGUCUCUGUUAUGACGAAGUACUUAAGGAUCGUUUUCGUCUGGAUGGCCAUGUUCAUCAUUCAUAUGAUAUCCUACUACAUCGUCUUCAAUGCUUUGAUUAAUGUUCGCAAUCCGUUCUUUGAAAGUGCUGUCUAUGCGAUUAUUUAUGUCUUCGUGAAUUUAGUGACGUUGGCUUUUCAGGCAUCGAUUUAUUUUGUGUGCUCAAAGUCUACACGUAUUAUUAUGUAAAAACGCAUCCAGAUGAAUUCAGACCAGUUUGUGUGGAUAAAUGAGAGGAUGUCCUUAAAAAUUAAAUGGAGAUCAGCGAAAUUGAAUUAUAGGAUGAUGAAAAGCAAUAGCUUUUCGUGCUCUCUACCACAUGUUCACCAAGUGAGAGGAUGAUGCUUUUGCUGUGCUAAUAUGGCAGACUCAAUUUUCUUUAUAAUUUCAUUAGCAUCUUGAUGAGAACUGAAAACGAUUCCACGCGUGCCUGACAAACACGACACACAUCGGGCUGGAAAUUCUAGGCUAAUGCUAAUGAGGCCAUAAUACAGAUUGCUUAAGUUGUGAUUAUGCAAAAAAGUUAAUGCCACAAUAAAGAAGAUGUGGUGGAAAAUGUGAA